AUGAGCUCCCUACUAGACGUUGAAGUUCCUUCUAAAACAGACAAUUUAAGGACCGAGCAAAACGACAUUCACCAAGAAGCGAUAAACGCCUGGAUCAAAUGGAAAAAUCUAGCAGUGAGAUGGCCGUGUUCAGUCGAGAAUGGAAAAUAUAGCGCGCUGGACCUGUACCGUGAAGUUGAUGUCCUGGCCUGGUUUAGAGAUCUUGGAGAGCGCGAGCAUCCUGUUAUCGCAGCACUGGCAAGGUUUAUCUUGGGAAACCGUUGUCAACAGCAAUUCAAGAGCGACUUUUCAGUCUUAGUGGUCCAAGUGCACGGUGAUUGGCUAGUCACAAAUCUACGCGCCGCUACUACUCGAGCUGUCGAGAAAGAGACUGUCAAGACAACCUCUCCCAUGUUUGGCGGUGGUGGAACUAAAGAUGCCCCUCCGCCCGGAUCUGCGCCAGCGAACGCGCUGGGGUCGACCUAUGCGAUCGCCCACCGCAGACAUCGUGCACUCUCCAGAUAUAGAAUCUGGCGCGGGAAGGUCCUUGGUGGAUACGAGAACGGAUUGUCGCGUGCUGAAAAAGAGUCCCUGCGGUACUUUCGUCAGGUGGUCGGCAAGAGUAAUAGCCCGAAAGCGGACCAGACCAAGGUCGGCUUCGCAGACCGGAUCCUCAAGCGCAGGAAGAUUCAUACGGAAACGAGUGCUAUCAGCGAUACCACCUAUGUCCAACAAUAUGGAAGGUCCGCUCAGUAUGGCCCGCAUAACCAUGCAAUACGAAUGGAACCGACUAAUCACCUCUGA